UUGCCAGUUUUUAUUUGCCCCCUCGUUUCCGUUCUGCUGCAUAGUUUUAUUAGGAAAUUUCGUUUGCGGUUCGAUUUGUUAUUAUCGGAAAAUUUGUUUCCCGAUUUUUAAGCUCAAAAAAGAAAAAUCAAUAAACCAACAGAAAAUAGCCAAUUAAAAAUGCCGAGACAAAAAAUUGCGACCAUGUCUACAGAAGUGACGCAAUCUCUCCGGAAUGCAGAAAGCAUGCGAAAAGUGCCAAACUCCAUGGAUCCACGCUUGGAUCAGCUGGUGGUGUAUAGCUCCGUGCUGGAGCAUUUGCUGCAACAGAAGCUCCAUUAUGAGCACGAGCGAGACAUGGAGCAGCUACGCCUCGAGAGAUUCAAGUGCGAGGGUGCCAAAGAUAAUCGCAUACACGUGCAAAUGCAGGUUGUGAAGAAGGUGCAGGGCAUGCUACCAGAUAUUGUCUUCAAGAUGCGCAACGAGUACGACAAAUUCGAGCGCUUUCUGCAUAGGGAGAAGGCCCUCAAGAGCAUUAAUCUAUCCCUAUACGAUAAGGGUAUGCAGUUACUUAAGGCCUGCAAGAAGAAUCUAGAGCAGACCCUAUAGACAUGGUCGCACCCGCAUGCACACACACACGCACACACACACACCCACACACAUACACAUCUCAAUCACAUCAAUUAAACACGAUUAAGUAGUUGUCGCAACAAAAUUAAAUGGUGCCCCAGUCAACUAUAUGGAUGCACAGAAAUCUUAAUGCAUGUCCAUGUAUUUUUAAUUA